GAAAGAGGGAUGGUGUGAUAUGGUCGAUCAUUGCAAGUGGAGGUGAUGCUCCCUCUCUCUCCUUUGACCUGAUCACCGAGCGAUAUCACCAUGUGCAUGGCAGCAUUUCAACGACGACGACGACACUCCGAUUCAAACUCAACUCCGACCUGUGCCCUCGCACACUGCAUGGUCUUCCUGAUAGUCAUAGCUCGCAGGUCUGACAGAGUAUCAGUGUGUAGGAUAAAUAUAAGUAGUGAGGUCGACGAGCAGGUCUCUCGGUCGAGUAUCGUCCGGAAACGAAACUUGAAUCGAAUUGGUCCUAAAAGCAACGAACCUCUAGCAAUACCAUAGCUCAUAGCUACCAACAACUACAAGCUAUCACACCAGUCUUUCACCUCCGUUGAUCACCAAUCAUGCCGGCCCUAGUACAACCACACUCAUCCAUGCACAUGCAAGACCCGGACCCGGCGACAACACCCUGGGAAACGUCGUUUCACUUCAAGACCUCCCUAGGCAAACGACAACGAGAUGGGGACGAUGAGGGGGGCGUGUUCUUCAACGCAAAAACGGCACAUUUGCAUGAUGCUGGAAUGGGAGGAGGUGUGGGUAUAGCAGGAGGGAACGUCAUGGGGAUGGCUCUGGGUCAGGAAGGUGGAGACACGUCUUUGAGGAGGUUUGGGAUGAAGAGGCUUAAGAGCACCAGCGACACACCCAGCUCGUUCUCCCUCUCCAGCUCCUCAUCAUCCCCAUAUCACCCGAAUCCACCUGCUUUCCUCCAUACCACAUCCAGCUCGACAUUCCCCUUCGCAUCCAGCUCCACGACGAACACAACAACGGCAAACACAACCACGACUCCUACUGCGACGACGACCUACCCCACUUACUCUCCCAGCCCGUUCUUUCCUACCGCCGCUUCGUCCGUUUCUACACCAGGAUUACAAUCCGGUUCUGACAACCGGUCUUCCCAAAACGGAAUCCCCAGCUUUUUCGGGAAUGCCAAUACCAACGCUCCCGGGAACGCCUACCCUGCCCCAGGUCCUUCGACAGACUAUGCCUUAGUGCCGGGAACAGGCAGUUUGAGCCUACAGCUACAUCCCCAUCACAAUCAUGACAGCAACAACUACAAUAACGAGGAUGGCAUGGACGUGGGGAUGGAGAUGGAUGCUCAGGACAUGGAAGACCCGUUCUCUGCGCACCCGAACGCUCCGCCUCCGUCGCUUUAUUCGAUGGCGAGUUCGGGGAUGGGCGGCGGUGAGCUCGGAAUGGAAUCUGGAGCUGGGCCUUCCACCCAUACUCAUACCCAGAGUCAUUUCGGCCAUCUGCAAAACAAGGAGCUACCAUACCCCCCUGUAGAGACACCUCAAAGGCAGACUCCAGCUGCAGCCCCUCAUCUCGGCGAGGGGAUGAAAUUAUCGGUCUCUGUCUCUCCGAACGACGGGUACGCGGAACCGUACUGGAGAGAAGGGAUCAGGGGGCUUCGGAGUGUUGGGUUGAGGGAGGACAAUGAGGGCUCGCCGGGGACGGGCACGGGGUUAGAAUUUGCGAACGAAGGAAGAGGGACCAGAGCGAGGAUGGUCUUGGGCACGGAGAUGGGUUCACACCUCGAUCAAGGUUACAAUCAUACUCUCAUUCAGCAAAAUCAGCAAAAUCGGGGGAAAGAGAUGGGGGUCGCAGACCUGGAUUUGGGGAGGAGCGUGGCCAUGGCCAUGGGGAUGGGGGUGGAUUCGAGGAUGACACAUGGAGACGUCGAGAUGGACACCUCUCCCGUCUUCUCCCACCUCCGUCUACCUCAGCCCAGUCCGGUCGAUCCCAACUUUAUCCCAACCGUUCUGACCGAUCAUCCGGGACUACCUACCACCCCCGUCGCCCCUACGUUCGAUAUCGCCCCUUCCGCGCCUGUCAAUACGCCCGCUACGACCCCGACCAGACAAAACGCCGUGCCCAACCUGUUCAUGACCGGAACUCACAACAACCCAUCGAGGACGAGAUAGAUGUAGGAAACACGACAUAUCGAGGUGCAUGUCCUUUCAUCGACGAAAAUGUGACGCCAUCAGGCGUUAUUGCCUUCGAGGAGGAUACUGUAACAAUCAGCUAGAAUCAAACAAAAGGACAAUCGAUCCACUUUUACGCAACUAUUACGACCAUUCUAUCUAAUUCGACGAGGCCCUGAACGACGCAGAUGGGUCCGCCCGAUGUAACGCCCUUUGUAAUUACGGUGCGCGGUUAUCGCACACGCACGAAAUGUCAGAUUUAUGCUUGUUUCUUCA